AUGGUCCUCACAGUGGGGAAGUGGAUGCACGAAGGUUCCGGCAGAGGAAGCGAAUGGCUUCUUACUGACUCCGAUACGAAGCGUUGCUACUUCAUCCGGAGGACGAAGACUGGCAAGCUGGCAUGUGGAGCACAGGGAACCUUCGAAUCCGCAGAUGAUUGGUUGACGCUGACGGAGUUCGCUUGUGCAUCAGACAGCCACAUUAAAAGGAGAAACCUCACUUUCCGCCAGUUCGGUGGCUGUGGGGCUUCGGAUCAAUGGGUGGAGCAACGUUCUGCGACCAGGCGAAUCCUUUUCGUCGCUUGGAUAGACCUCGACCUUAUGAGGAUCUUUUGGUCUCCUACGGUUCACAACUUCAGCAGAUGGCAGUUCCAGCUGGUGCAAGGUCACUUUGUGGCCGAGGUCCUUCAAUGGCUUGAUCCCGACUUUGAGAUGGAGGAGCGUGCUGCGGAUGGAACCCACGACGAUGAGUGGCACAUUAUCAAUGAGGCUCCUGCAAUCCAACUUGCAGAACAUGCAAAAGCAGUUCUGGAGGACGACAAGAGGCUUGGGAUCAACCGAGAUGACAAGGCACGGGAAUGCUUCAAAGCUUUGGAUGAAGCAGCUUUGAGAUUGCCGGUACCUAUGAGCUAUGGUAAAAUUGGGGCUGAUGAACGUUAUCCGUGGCUGAAGCCAAGUGAUAUGAUUCGAGCUCUACAUCGCUGGAAUCGGUUGGACCUAAUCCUGCCAGAGGCCACCCUGGAAGCUUCCAAGCAGCAGCUGAAAAUCUACUGGGACAGGUUCAGACGGCUUUACCCGACGAAUGAAAUUUUCAGCAUCCUGACAAAUGAGCAGCUCCAACUGACACUGCCUGUGAAAGUACAUGGAGAUGAAGGCAAAAAGAAGUCACCAAUUAUGCUGAUCAACUGGCAACCAGUACUUGGCCGAGGGACAAGCAAGACUGCUGGCCUCCCUGACAAAGAGCAGGAAGUGUGUCGCUUUCUGUCGUUUGCAGCGCUGAAAGAAACUUAUUCUGAUUGUCCAGAAGCUUUGGACGAUGGGAUGCGGCUGGUAGCUUCUGAUCUGAACAAUUUGAUGAGAGAUGGAAUAGCACUUCGGUUUGGCGAAACUAUGGAGACCUUCCGUCUUGGAGUGACAGGGGUCAAGGGCGACUGGCCAUGGCUCAUCGAGGCUGGACACCUUUGCAGACACUUCAGAAGAGCCCCCAAGAGGGGAGAAUCGACCAUGGAGGCUGGUGGAGUGUGCCAUCUAUGUCUUGGAGGAGUUCAUAAUUUUCCUUUCGAAGAUUUUGGAUCAUCUCCCCGCUUCGAAACGACCAUGCACAGCGCGGCCGCACAAGCUCCUUGGGACUCUAUCUCUCCUUUCGUGGAGAUGCUGCCAAGUGAGACGGGCAUGCCUGCUUGGCUAUUUCGCCCGGACAUCUUCCACAACUGGCAUUUAGGUGCUGGAAAGUACUUUAUAUCAAGCUCGUUGGAAUGGAUGGAAAGCUUCCUGACCGAUGAUGUGGUUAACCAUUUGGCCGACCUUGACACCAGAGUUCCCUUGAUUGCAGUGGUCAUCCGGAACACCAAUGAGCUUUUCAGGUUGCUUUACAGCAAUGGAGCCUGGCUACAUUGCACCGUUGCGGCAGAAGUUGCUCGCAGGGGUUUGCUGUCUGUCCGUGCCAACAAGAGAUUGGCUCAGGUUUCUGUCCAGCUUUGUGAGCCUAGGUACCCAAUACAUCCUAAGCUGCAUAUGCUUUUCCAUGGCUACCGCUUUUUAGAACAGUGGAGCCUGGCUCAUGAGUGGUGCGAAUCACCAUUGGUCGACGGGUGUCAGGUCGACGAAUCUUUUGUAGGGGUGAUAAGUAGGUAUUCUAGACGAGUAUCUCCAAAGAUUACUGUCCAAAGGACAUAUGAUCUCUACUUGACCUCUAUGAGGCGUCAUGCACAGGGAGAUGAAGAAAAUUAG